AUGGUAAAUAGAAACCAAAAUGGUGAUGAUAUCAUACGUCAAGUUCGACAUGAUUAUGUGGCAGCAGACAAUAACCUAGCAGCUAUAGUCGAAAUAGUUAUGGCUCGAAACAGGGUAAAUUUUGGCCUUAGAAGGCCAAACUAUAUGUCGCCUUUAGAAGAAUAUAUCUUACAAGCGGAAGCACCCCUCAGGACCAAAAUCCCCAAAUUCACCAAGUUUGUUAGGGAUACUACUGAGUCUACUGUUGAACACGUGUCGAGAUAUUUAAUCGAGGCUGGAGAUAUGUCAAAUAACGAGAGCCUUAGGAUGAAAUUUUUUCCAAGUUCUCUCACAAAGAAUGCUUUCACAUCGUUCACAACCUUGCCCCAAAAUUUGAUCCAGACAUGGAACCAACUGGAAAGAAUGUUCCAUGAGCAGUUCUAUAUGGGUCAAACGAAGAUAAGUUUGAAAGAUUUGGCUAGUGUCAGACGAAAGUUCACUGAGCCAAUUGAUGCGUAUCUGAACAGAUUUCGACUACUCAAAGCCAGGUGUUUUACGCAAAUACCAGAGCAUGAACUGGUCGAAAUGGCCACUUGGGGCCUUGACUAUUCGAUUAGAAAGAAAUUAUAUACUCAAUACCUAAGGGAUAUGGCCCAAUUGGCUGACAGAGUUCGAUAG